AACUCAAUGGCCACAGAUGAAUCCGUCUCAGCCAGUUUGCAGAUCAGUAAAAUAUCAUUGCUGAAGAUAGCUGUUGUUUAAAAGUUGUUGAUUGGGAUUGCACAUGACAGGCUGGCACAUAGAGAGGUGACAAAGACCAUGGGAAGGAGACAGAUGCCUAUGAUUCACAAGAUAAGACAGGGUUUAAAAGGCUGAGCCUGAGGAAAGAGUUAUAUCCAUACAGCCUGAGCCAAGAUGGUUUCUACCCUGCUCUUCUUUGUUCUCCUGGGACUCACCUCAGCCUUGGGGCCUCUAGGUCUCCAGAGCGAGAAGAACGGGACGGUGGAAGAUGUUGAGCAGUGUGCCUGCGAUGCCUUCCUGCCUAACACCACCUUUCCAAUGGGACAACUGGUCGUGGUAGAGGAGUCCACUGUCGAGAUAAGACGCAAGCUCGAGCUGGAGAUAAGCCAGAUUAUAACAUACGAAAGCAAGCUGGCAAUCUAUGUGGAGAAGAUCGUCAACCUGACAGUGCAAAUUGAGCUGAUGGAGAAAGACUCCUACAAUGAGCUGCACAUACAGGAGCUGAAGAUUGAGAUAGCACAGGUGAAGGUUCUUAUCACAGAGCUGCAAGGAUCCAUCCAAGUCUCAGCCUCAUCACUGAAGAUCAUAAGCCAAGAGAUCUCCUCCACGAUUGUCAUCUUAAAUCAGCUCGAAAGCUUUGACACAAACCGCGUACUGGUGACCCGCCGUGAGCACGUCAAACUCCAGCUAAAACUAGAAGAAUGCGAGAGGAGAUACAACGAGAUCUUCAAUCCCAACAUCGGAUCCUGCAAACAUGGAGGUAUCUCCAGAAUCAGCAAACCCAUCAUCAGCCAGCUGAAUGCCCAUUUGAGCACCUCCUACCAAUAUGGGGGCUGGGGGAAGGAUUCUAAGCCACUCCCAGGCCUUGAGUCUAUGUAUUGGUUUUCAGGACAGGCAGACACCAUAAUGACCCACAUUAACCUAUACACUGACUACCAGAGACUAAUCUUAAGAAGUACAUUUAAAUCGCAUGCAUAUGUAAGUCGUCCUGAUAAUGGGUUUCGUGGGUAUGGCAAUAAUUACAUUGUGUAUGGAAACAACUUUUAUUACCAGUGCUAUGGUUCAGCCAGCAUGUGCAGACUGAACCUCACCACCAUGACCUUUGAGUCCAGAGUGCUUCCUCAGGCCAGCCUGCGAUUCUCAUACAGCAGUUCUCCCAAUCAGAACUUUGACUUUGCAGCUGAUGAGAAUGGACUGUGGGUGACAUACAGCACAGAGCAGGCCAAAGGCAUCAUGCUCGUUGCCAAAAUAAAUGUAACCACCUUUGAGGUGGAACAGGUGUGGGAGACCAGUUUGUUCAGACCCUCGGUGGCCAAUGCUUUCAUGGUGUGUGGGGUUCUGCAUGCUACUCGUUCAGUAGACAUUAACACAGAAGAGAUCUUCUACACCUUUGACACCAACACGGGCAAGGAGAGCUUCAUCAGCAUUCCCUUUGAGAAGUUCCAGGAGACAUACCACUACCUGGACUACAACCCCACUGAUCAGAAGCUAUAUAUGUACAACAGUGGCUAUUAUGUGUCCUACCAUGUGUGGUUUAAUCAUACAGCUGUUAAUGCACCACAACUCCUGAUCUGAAAAUCAAUUAUUCAGAUUGGUUGUAAACCUGUAUACCUGUAGAAAGGUUAAAUAUUUUAUCCAGUUUCAUCCAAUGAUGAUCUUCUUUGAAAUUAUACCAGUGAAAUGUCUUAUAAUCUAUCUUCUUCCUAAAUCUCUUGAGCCUGUUUAGACAAGACAGUUUGUGUGCACCAUCAUCAUAAGUACUGUUCUUGUAAUAACUGGCUUUUUCUUGACAAAAAUAAAUUCUUCAGUG